GAAGUGUAGCUGCUGAGAAUCUCGACCAGGAUUUACUUUCAGAUUCAUCUCCUGGCUUUCAGGCAUUUCUGUCGAAGAUUUCAUCAUGAUCAUCCUUCAAAAUUACCUGAAUGUUUUUUUCUCUCUGUCUCUGCUGGGCAGCCCGGGUGCUGCUAAAGCGGAAGCGCCUAGGUUCAGCCUAUGGGGGGAAGUGGCUGAUUUCACUGCGGGAUGCAGCCACUGGACACUAAAGCGUCAGAUCACCAUCCCCGCCCUGCAAGAGCUCACAGUCUGCUUCUACCUGAAUCUAGAGGAGACCAUAGGUUCCUCACCAUGGACCGCCUUUAUGUACCGACAUCCAAUGGCACAGUAUGCUGAGCUGGGGCUGGGGUUUAAGGCGGGUCAUUUAGUGGUCUGGUUGUUUGGCGUGGAGUGGAGGACCCAGAAGAUCAACCUCCUUGAGUCACAGUGGUACCCACUAUGCCUGACCUGGUCACAUACAAAAGACAGACCUGCCUUAUACCUUAAAGGGACCCUGCUGAACCUCACGGCAGUUCUCUAUGGAGCUACUUUUACCUCCUCCUCAUGCUCCACACUGGCCCCCGAUGGAUCGCUCACUCUGGGAUCAGGACACUUCAUUGUAAACGACAACAUACAGAUCAUUCCUUUUACCGGUGUGUCGGGAAAACUCUCUCUGUUCCGGAUGUGGGGGAGAGAACGCAGCAGCAAGGAAGUGGCAUCAAUGAACUGUACAGAGGGGGAUGUUGUGAAGUGGGAGAGAGACAACUGGGACACUCAGAUCUGUGCUCCACUCCAAGAUCCCAGCCUGAAUUGCACAUGGUCCAUUUACCAAGUGAAACUGAUAAUUACUAUUAUUCGUCAGGAUGGGAACAAAACUGAGCUCUACACAGCCAGAGACAUCGCACAUCAAUGGCUCAGAAAGGAGCUGCCGAGCGACAUCUAUUUACACAUAGUAUCUGUGUUUGAACUGUCCAGAUCCAAUACAGAAGACCUCGUAAAAACACCAUAUGAAGACCAGCUGAUGCGGUUCGGUCCCUCCAGUAGCAACAGUUUUCGCUGCCACGUAUACGUGAAUGUCAUCCCUGCCUUGGAUGUGGCAUAUGUGCAGUCUCUAAUAGCCACGAGGCUUAAAAAUCCCUACAACGACUCCAGUGGUUUGCUACAGCUGCAAGCAGAUGCAGAAAACAUACACACCACGCCUGUCGAUGGUUUCUUAGUUGACACCAGCAGCCCCAGUACGAUGACACAGCCUUCUCCUGUGACAAAUAUUACCACUACGACCACAAUACCAUCCUCCACGUCCUUUUCUACCACCGACUUUAGACCCCCAACCACGAGCAUCAUCACAAGUACAAGUACUACUACCGUGGCCACGGCCAUGACCAUUGCCACACACCCUGAAAAUGUUUCCGAACUGUAUUUUCAGGUUAAGGUGAACGUGUCCAUAACAGGCGGUUGUGACACAGAACAGAUCCUUAGGUCCUGGCUCAACAAUAGCCUACCAAACAACUUCAUGACAGUGCUUGAAUUUCAGCUAGUCCCCAAAGCUCAAAGAAAUCAUCCUAAGCUGCAGUCAGAAUACCCUACCAGAGUAUUAGCAUACACAGAUCCGAGGUAAGCUUCGUGUGUCUCCAUACAAUUUUAUUUAGAACUGAUUACAAUAAACAAAAAAAUUGAAAUUCUGCCUGGAGGAGGAGGAA